UAUAUAUAUAUAUAUAUAUUGCCAAAAGUAUUGGGACACCCUCCAAAUCAUUGGAUUCAGAUGUACCAAUCACCUCCAUGGCCACAGGUGUAUAAAAUCAAGCACCUAGGCAUGCAGACUGCUUCUACAAACAUUUGUGAAAGAAUGGGUCGCUUUCAGGAGCUCAAUGAAUUCAAGCUUUGUACCGUGAUAGGUUGCCACCUGUGCAAUAAGUCCAUCCGUGAAAUUUCCUUGCUACUAAAUAUUCCACGGUCAACUGUUAGUGGUAUUAUAACAAAGUGGUAGCAACUGGGAACAACAGCAACUCAGCUAUGAAGUGAGCGCGAUCAGCACAUGCUGAAGGGCACAGGGCACAGAAGUCGCCAACUGUCUGCAGAGUCAAUAGCUAAAGACCUCCAAACUAUGUGUGGCCUUUGGAUUAGUACAACAACAGUGUGUAGAGAGCUUCAUAGAAUGGGUUUCCAUGGC